UAAAACUUUCCCUAUAAGAUUACAACCACUUCCUUUAGUAUCUUCAAAUGUUCAAUGGCCAUCAAACCUAAGAUUUGCACUUUGUAAACCGAAAAUUUAUGUUUAUAAACUUCCCUCUCAUUUGAUAUCUCAAAGUCAUUAUGGAUACGAAGUAUGUACCCUUUUAAGUUAUAAUCCUGAUGCGAUACUUUAUGAACAACUUAUAAACCCUGGAAAAAUUAGAGAUCUUUAUGUAACUUCUAAUCCUAAAGAUGCUGAUUUUUUUUUCGUCCCAUUUUUUGGUUCUUGUUAUUUAAUGAAUUGCUGGAAUAACAAUUAUUGGAAUUAUACUAAACCAUGUAAUUUGGAUAUUCAAUAUUCGAUUCCCUUAAUGAAUUGGAUAAUUCAAGAACAUCCUUAUUGGAAUAGAACUAACGGGAAGGAUCAUAUUAUGGCUCUUUCUAUUGACGAAAUCCCUUCUUAUUAUACUGAAAGUCUAAAUUUAUUGUUGAAUGCUAGUUUCUUAACCUUCAUUGGAGAUAGAAGAUCUAAUGGUAUCAUGAAACAUAGGUAUCGUCAUAUGCAUGAUAUUGUAGUUCCUUCGAUUACUGACAUUUUGGAUUUGAUCAAAAUAAAUCCAAGGAAAUAUGUCACUGAGGAUGGAAAUAUGAAUACUAGAAAUGUUUUUGCUAUCUUUCGAGGUUGUUGCCGAAAUAUUGAACCUGAAGAUGAUUAUUCAGCAGGCAUUAUAUCGUUAUUUUUUAAUGGAUUGGCUCAUUCUUCAAGAUAUGACAUUGAUGAGGAUAUAGAUCUUAAAAUUGAUGAUUAUGCUUGGUUACUGGCAAGGGCAAAGUUUGGGCUCGCUCCUCAAGGACAAACUCUAGGUAUUGCUAGACUUUGGGAAUAUUUGGCCUUUGGUGUUGUGCCCGUGAUAAUUUCUGAUGGAAUUGUACUUCCUUUUGAAAACGAUGUUGAUUGGAAUAGUAUGGUGGUUUUUAUUCGUAGAGAGGAUGCACAUCUUAUCGAUGAAAUAUUACUUUCAAUAUCAGAAAAUGAAUAUCAACGAAAGAGACAACGUGUAUGGGAAAUAGGUAGUCAGUUAAUUAAAAAUUCAUGGCAUUAUAUCGCACGGGACUUGUGUAGAAAAAUGGAUCGUAUCGUACCCGUUGAAUUAGAACUAUAG